AUGAAUUGGGGCGAUCAUUACACUACGCACAAAUUUCAAGGUCUUUAUUUAAUUCAAACUGAGAUAUUUUUACAAACAGAAUUAAACGAAUUACGCAUCAAACAAAAUUUAGAACAUGCCUCGCAUGAUGUAAUUGACGAUGACAAUGUGUUUGAUGAUGAAAAUACUGCAGCUGAAGAUGAUAAUGAAGAAAAUUUUCAGAUUCCAUCUACUGAAAAUAAAAACAAUUUUGUACUUGUCAACACGCGAGUUGAUUAUCAAUAUCGAUCAGAUAUCUUAAGCAAAAUCUGUUUAUACGAUUUCGUUAGUACAUUUUAUAAGAGAAAAAUGAAUGCAACAGAUGCAAAAUAUUUAUCAAAAUCUUCCACUACAGAAGACCAACAAGGGAUUCGAAAAGGCCGACCACCAAAUCAACGUUUUUCUUUUCAAGAACAGCAUCCACAAGCGACAACCUACCUGUUGACUGAAUACAGUGAGGCUCAUAUACCGAUUCUCUAUGGUCC